UCUAUCUCUCUCUUCUUUUUUCUCCAAUUAAGUUCUUCAAAGAUGGAUAAGAAAGGAGGUAGUAGUAGCAGCAGCUCCCAAGAAGUAGAAGUAAGGAAAGGACCAUGGACCAUGGAAGAAGAUCUCAUUCUUAUAAACUACAUAGCUAAUCAUGGUGAAGGAGUUUGGAACACACUGGCACGUUCGGCAGGCUUGAAACGUACUGGAAAAAGCUGCCGUCUUCGAUGGCUGAAUUACCUGAGGCCGGACGUCCGAAGAGGUAAUAUUACACCUGAAGAACAGCUCUUGAUCAUGGAACUACAUGCUAGGUGGGGAAACAGGUGGUCAAAGAUUGCAAAACAUCUUCCAGGAAGAACUGAUAAUGAAAUAAAGAAUUACUGGAGAACAAGGAUUCAAAAGCAUAUUAAGCAAGCAGAACCAUAUCCAAGACAGAAUAAUCCUCAUGAACUGAACCACAAUGAAGCUACUAGCACAAGUAAUAACAUUUAUGAAGUUGGAGAUGGAAUGGAAGUUUACUCACCAUCAUCUUAUGCUGGAACCUUGGAAGCUUUCCCAGUUCCUUUACCUACUGAAUCAAAUGAAAACUUCUGGCCAAGUGUUGAGGAUCUCUGGUCUAUGCAGUUACUUAACAACGAUUGAACAAAUAAAAUUUUUAUAGUUUAUAUAAGUUUUUAUAGUUUGAAGUUAUAUAUAGUAGCUGUUAUGUCCAUAGUAAUACUAUUAAGAAUUUUCAAUGUUAGUUACUAGUCCACCUCUGGGUUGUAAUAUAUAAUAGAGAGACACAGUAUCUAUUAAAUCCAAAUACUGUAAUAAGUGAGACUGUUUUUGCUUAUUAUCUCAACAACAAGAAAAUUGAG